AUGGAAGAGAUAAAUCAAUCGUCACAAAAUGUUUCCCAAAAUAAAGCAGCAACUGUUCUGGAAAUAUCAAACACAAGAGUCAUUAAUAAUGAGAAAAAUCAAAUUCCAAGUCCGUGGAAAUUAUUAACGUCGCUUAAUAAACAACAACAAAUUACUUUUGUUGCAGCAUUUUUAGGAUGGACAUUAGAUGCUUUUGAUUUCUUUACAUUGGUAUUCUCCGUACCUUAUAUUGCAGAGGAAUUUCAUUUGGAACCAUCUGACAUUACCGCAAGUAUUACGAUUACAUUAUUUUUCCGUCCAUUAGGAGCAGCAAUAUUCGGUUUAUUAGCAGAUCGUUACGGAAGGAGAAUUCCGUUAAUGGCAGAUAUCAUUCUUUAUAGCGUUAUGGAAUUGGCUUCAGGGUUUGCGCCAAAUUUGUUAGUCUUAAAUAUCAUAAGAGCAAUUUUUGGAAUUGCUAUGGGAGGUGAAUGGGGAUUAGGCACAGCAUUAGCCAUGGAAAUUUUACCGCCCGAAAGUCGUGGAUUAUUUUCGGGUAUUUUGCAACAAGGUUAUGCUACAGGAUUUCUUUUGGCUUCACUUUUGAAUUAUGCUGUAAUAGACAGAAUUGGAUGGAGGGCAAUGUUUUGGAUAGGUUCAUUUCCUGCCAUAUUGGUCAUCUUCAUUCGUUUCUUUGUAAAAGAGUCGCCAGUUUGGGAAGCUCAUCGUAAAGUUGAAAAAUCAAUCGGUAAAACCUUUCUGAAUAGUACUAAAUUAGCAUUAAAACUUCAUUGGAAAAGGUUCAUCUAUUGCGUUAAGGGUGAGAUCUAUGUAAGGGAUUAUCCAUUCUUGGAAUAUCGAUUUCAUUACCUUUAUUCCAUUUCAGUCGAACAUAAUCUAUUUGCUUUAAAAUUAAAAAAAUUAAUAUCAAUAUCAAUAAUCUGUUCAUAA